AUCAAAACUUGUCUCACCAAGUGAGCUUCUCUGCAUGAAGCAGUGAUUUAGUGGAACAAAUUAAGUGCAUUGUGAUCCCACAUAGUUGUUGAGAAGAACAGUAGAGACCAGAUCGAGCUUAAAGCAAUGGCCAGUGUCAUUAAUAUCCCAAGUGAUGAACAAUACAACGAUGAAGUUAAAAUAUUGGUGGAAUCCAUCGAGAAUGAACUAAUACAAGGGUCUUCCUCACCAGCUAAUUAUACUAUAUACCGAGUUCUGAAGCCACUAAGAGAAGUAAAACCAGAUGCCUACACACCUCGCUUGGUCUCCAUUGGUCCUUUUCAUCGUGGCAGUCAACACUUAAGGCCCAUGGAAGCACAUAAGUUGAGGCUUCUAAAAUUUUUUCUCGACAGAAAAUCUAAUUCAAGUUUAGGUGAUUACGUGAGAGAGAUGAUGAGGAUAGAAAAAGAAGCUCGCCAAUGCUAUUCAGAAGUUAUUCCAAUGACAAGAGAUGAGUUUGUGAGGAUGAUGGUGGUCGAUGGUUGCUUUCUAAUUGAACUCAUCAGUGGGUGGGAGAAGCGUAGGGAGUAUCGUGAUGAACCUAUAUUCAAUGAAAUAUGGAUGCCUCAAAUUAUACGUGACCUAAUGUUGCUUGAGAAUCAACUUCCCUUCUUUGUUCUUGAGAAUUUAUACUUGCUAUACAGACAGGAUAAUGCAAUCUCUUAUUUUACCCAAUCGUUCUUACUGGAUUUCUUGCCACGUCCCCCCACUAUAAACCCUAAAGCUUCCGUACCACAACACUUUUUUAAUUGGGUAAAGAGUAUCUUCCAUUCACCAUCGGAAUCAAAGAGAGACCAGCAGGUGGGUGGAGGAGAAGAGUCUUCUUCUUCUUAUGUACCACAGGACGGAGCAAGUCAUCUGCUUGACUACGUACGAAAUUUGCUAGUUUCACAGGAGUGGAAGCAAGUCAAGCAACAUGAAGGGAAGCAGCCCCAGCGAUUCCAUUGUGCAACUGAACUCCAGAAGGCCACAGUCAAGUUUGAGAAGAGUGAGACGACACUCUUUGUUGGAUUUAUGAGCUAA